UGCUGUUAAGAAAUAAUGGUGGUUGGGUAGGGGGUAUUAUGUAAUAUUUUGAUAUCGAAUAUCGGGAACUCUUUCUGUGUAUAUAUAUUACAGUUUUUGUUUUAGGUCUGAAUUAUUUUCUUCCCGAUGGAGAUAUUGACAGUUUGGUUUAACAAACGAUAAGUCUUAAGAUUUUUUGUUUGUUUGCGAGAAAAUAUAUUUUAUGCAACUUAUACAGACUAUAUUUCGAGGCAACUAAUUGAUCACAUGGCUCAACCUCCAUCGAAUGUGCGGAACAUUACUUUCCUGAAGGACAUAGUAUCCAGAGUUUUAAAAAGUUUGUCCUUUUCAAGGUCAUCAAGGGUCACAUUAUUGCCAGCAAGUUCUAGUGACGAUCAGAGUUGGUCUUACUUCUUCACUAACAACUUAAGGCAUGUAGAUUUUAAAAAACUAAAACCAUGGAGCUUGUUAACAUUUUUAGUUAGACCAUCGACUAAGACAUUGUCAAGCGAGACAAACAAGGAAUCAGAGGCUUCACAGGAUAACAAGCUUGAGAAAGCUCUUACUGAGUGGGUGUUAGAAGAUGUCAGUUAUGAUGAACCUUCAAAACAAAGUAUUGUAAACUCCAAAAAAGUAAAGACUUCAAGAAUGCUUAUUUCAAAGCUAGCGAUGGAGAGUCGAAGCAAGUUUUUGGUGAAAUCCUUGUUGAGAGCAUCAAGUUCAAGGUCACAGCUGUUACGAUUAGAAGAAAUACACAAGCAUGUUCUUCUGUACCCCGAGUCUUUAGGGAUGUUGAUGAAGGCUAAAGUACUUCCUAUUGUACUUCAUCUGAGAGAGCAGACUCAUGAUACAGCAAUUAGUUGCCAAGCAAGAGAAGUGUUAACCUUGUUGGGUUACGUAGAUCCACCUAAAGGAAAAGGAAUUCGAAUAUUAAGCAUUGAUGGAGGAGGUAUCAGGGGUAUGCUUGCUAUUGAGAUGAUGAGGUACAUUGAAAGUAAAACGGGAAAAAGGAUAUACCAGCUAUUUGAUUAUCUAUGUGGAGUGAGCACUGGAGCAAUUCUGUGCAUGUUACUGGGAGGGCUGCACCUAACUCUUGAUGAGUGUGAAGGUCUUUACAGAAAGAUGAGUGACAAGAUGUUUACUCAGAGUGCUUGGUUAGGGACUGGACGAUUGAUGUGGAGCCAUGCUUUUUAUGAUACCAGCUUAUGGGUUGGAUUUCUCACCUCUAUAUUCAAUGAAAGGACUAUGAUAGAAAGUGCAAGAGACCCUGAAAAUCCAAAGAUUGGUGUGGUGUCAACAGUUUUGAAUCAGCCUACCCUUCAAGCCUUUGUGUUCCGCAACUAUGGUCUUCCACCUCGUGUUACCUCACAGUACUUGGGGGGAUGUAACCACAAAAUGUGGCAGGCAGUCCGAGCAUCGGCUGCUGCCCCAGGUUAUUUUGAAGAAUACCAGCUUGACGACAUGCUGCAUCAGGUUUGUUGUACUUUACGUUUAAUGAAAAUUACAAAUAUUGUAACAUGGUAUAAAAUAAAAGAAUCGUGUUCAGUCUUUUGACACCAGAAAAGAAGU